CACAGGGAUCGCGUACUACUGCUGUCUAAUCAUAGUUUUUUGCAGACGACACAUCCCGUGAGUUUCUUUUCAGGAAACUGAUCGAUUUUGACGGUAUUGUUCAUCGGUAUUUUUGUCGUCCUCACCGGAAAAAAUGAUGAAUAAAUUUGUGGCAGUAAAUUUCGGCCUGAUGUUUCUGAUUUGUGUAACUAUUUUGACAUUGUCUGACGCACGGUUAACACAACUUGAAGCCAGUUUCUCCCGAACGCUGGACUCAGUGGAUCGUUUGAUAGCGGCGAUUGAGAAAUGCUGGAACAAUACCGCCUGGAACCACAUCGUGCAAGCAGAACUCGCAUUCGGGAAAAAGAAUCCAGUUCGGCUGCCGGAGCUGUCUCCGCCCCCUCCCGACCCUAAAGGUCACGUGCACCGGCCCUUCCUGGACGAGACGAUCAGCUUAACAUGUGCAGCUGGUUCCAGUCAGCCGAAUGAUGUCGUGUGGAAACACAAAGGUCACCCGUUACCUCUCAGCCAGACGGUGGGAAUCUUUCGCUAUAGCCGCGCUCGCGACAACGCCCUCAUCCUGCACAACGUUACCUACGCGGCGUGGGGCAAAUUUGAAUGUCACCAGCGCUGUCCAAAUUAUGGGGCUGGAGCGUUCUGCAUGCAGACGGAACACUGGGUCUUCCCCAAACCAGUGCCAAUGGUCCACGAGGUGUACGCGCAGCGCAUGCCGCCGGUGGUUGUGCCGCGCUAUAUGCCCUUCUCGGUCACGUGUCAACUGGACUUUCCCUGUAGUCCCGAUCCGGCGCAGCACUUCAUCUGGCGAUAUGCCGGGGUAUACCUGGCUUGGCCGCCAAGUCACUACCUGCAGCAGACGGCCUGUAUUGUCCCGGAGCGGCAGACGCUGAUGAUCCACACCAACUACUCCGAGAUGACCGGCGCCGAUGGUCGUCAGCACUGCGCCUCCACGCUGACGCUGCACGUGCCCUGGCAGAAUCACACCGGCGGCAAGCUUUCGUGCUGGGCACGCUCCGAUAUCACGCAACAGGAAUGGUACGUUCUCACCACUCCCGUCCAGUUCAACGGAAGUCUACCGUACCCGGAUAAAUGCCGGUGCUAG